AUGGUUCCCGCAAACGAAACCCCCGCGCCACUGUCACAAGCCGAAGAGGCGGAAGUUGAAGCGCUGUUCGAGAAGGCGAAGAAGCUGCCCCCAGGCAUGUUUCGACAGCUCAAUGAGCAAGAGCGCAAGAUGCGCGAAAUGGCCGCCGCUGAUCCAGAAAUGGCGCGCUACCUUGAGAGCGUUUGCCGCGCGUACUUGAGCAGCGGAGCGAGUUCGGCGAAACCGGAUACCAAAUUGGAAGAGGAAGAUGAAAGCAAGAAGGAAGAGGAAGAGAUGGAAGAAGAGGAGGGUAAGGCGAAGGCCGAGGGUGGAGAAGAGGAAAAUUGGUAG